CAGAAUAAUUCCUGACGUUGGAUAACGUCAUCAUACCGCGAUUUUCUCUGCCACGUCAUCAUCUGGCGACGUACUUUUCAUUUAGUAAACAAUUGUCAGCAAUAGUUGCUGAAGACUAAAGUCAGGAAACUCAUGGAUAAUCUUGUGAAGGUGCAUGCAGGUGGUGGCUAUGACUCUGACUUCAGUGAUGAUGAUGAGCAGGGAGAUUCCUCAGAGAGAGGCCUUAAAAGGAAACGUGAGGAGGAAAUCUUACAGAAGCCGUUCCAGAAAGGUCGGCACUCCAAGGUGGCUCACCGGAGUUUACACUCUAAUGAUCUGGACAGAGAGGAAGCCAGGAACAGAAGAGCCCACCUGAUUUCAAUGAAUGCUUUUGAGCGACAUAAGAAGUUUGUCGGUGACUACAUACUUUAUUAUGGAGGACAGAUGGCCGACUUCAAACGCUCUGUAGCCAAAGACAAAACAGAUCUGGAUGUGCUGCGUGAGAAUCAUCGAUUCCUCUGGAGGGACGAGGAUGAGGAUGACAUGACAUGGGAAAAAGACCUUGCCAAGAGGUAUUACGACAAGCUGUUUAAAGAGUACUGCAUAGCUGACCUCAGCAGAUACAAGGAAAACAAGUUUGGAUUUCGAUGGCGGACUGAGAAUGAAGUUGUCUCUGGCAAAGGUCAGUUCCAGUGUGGAAACAAACGAUGCGAAAAGCAGGAAGGCCUAAAAAGCUGGGAGGUGAAUUUUGCCUAUGUGGAACACGGCGAGAAGAGAAAUGCGUUGGUCAAACUCAGACUAUGCCCUGAAUGCUCUUUCAAACUCAACUACCACCACAAGAGGAAGGAGGUGAAAGCAAAGACAACGACUAAAAGGUUAUCGGAGGAGAACCAGGAGCCACCACAGAAGAAGAAGAAGAAGAGGAAGAGAUCAUCUUCACACUCCAAGAAGCACAAAAACAAACACAAGAAGCACAGAGAUCGCUCCACCUCUUCCAGCAGCUAUGGGGAGUCGCAGGACUCGGACAAAGACUCUGAAGCUGGCGAUGUGCCAGGGGGCCAAUCAGAAGCUGACCACUGGCGAGGACCCGCCCCUGCAGUGGAGGAAAAGUCAAGGGAGGAGGAGUUUGAUGAGUACUUUGAAGACAUGUUUCUUUGAUUCUGCUGGUAUCAGGAGCAACCCUGCUGUGACCACAUCUCCUUCCGCUUGCCACAGACAUUAAGCGUGUUCUGUUUGAGUCUUGUGUGCAUGUAGGUUUCUUUGACUGUAUAUUUCAUUACUGCUACAGAAAUAAACAUAACGUUUGUCCUGCA